CAUGCUGUGAUAUUGCACCUGCAUGUAUGAUGUACGUGUAGCUAGCUAGAGAAGCAAAAAUGAAGCUCUCUACAGCUCUAGUCCUGUUCAGCUUGCUGUCCUCUGCACUGGUAUCUGCUAUCACAGAGCCUAACUGUACUGUAAAACAUGGUGAAACGUGCAUUGGGCAUCAGAUCGGAUCUUUUGAGCAAGGAACGUCAAUCGAUGAGGUCCUUGAAGGACUCCGAGAGAGAUUCUGUGGCUGCAUUCAUAUCCGUGGAAGUGUUCUAAUCAGUAUGAGAAACUUUAACGCCACGAGACAACUCAACAGCGAUGACUUCAAUAUGUUCUACCGUUUGGAGCAAGUUUCUGGAGCUGUUCGAUUUGUUGGUAUCCCAGAUACCAGUGACAUUAUUCUGCCUAACUUGCGUAUCAUACGUGCUGAAGAGUUAGUUGUUGGUAAAUUCUCCCUCUUGGUGGAAGAUUCCAUUAUAGGGAGACUUAUUCUACCAAAGUUAACCCAGAUCACAAAAGGAAACGUCAUUUUUCAAAAUACAGGCAGUCUGUGCAACUACCUCACCGUUCGUUGGACUGAUAUUAUCGAUGGUGGUGGUACCUUGAUGGACGGCACGGGAACCUGCGGUUCUCUGGUGGCCACCGAUCCAGCGUUAUUGCCUGAUUGCGGAGGAUGUAGCUCUGGUCAUUGCUGGUCUGAAGAGUACUGUCAGACACUGACAAAGGACUGCAAUGGUUGUGGUGAGGACCGGUGCUACACUGUGGACGAGAGUGCCUCCACUAAACAAUGCUGCAACCCUCACUGUGCUGCCGGCUGUGACGGACCCACCGCCACUCACUGCUUUGCCUGCAAGAACUUUGACAACAAUGGGACGUGUGUGACCCAGUGCCCUCCUGAGGUGAUUUAUGACAGGAAUCUGUUUCGAGUUGUGCCUAAUCCAGACUAUCGGUUGUCUCUGGGAAACCUCUGCGUGGAAGAGUGCCCGUUUGGUUUCCUGGAUGAUCGAGGCAGCUGUGUGAGAGAGUGUCUCAUUGGGUACAUAGCUUCAGAGGACGGGAGAUCAUGUGAGGAGUGCAAUGGGCCGUGUCCAAGAGAGUGUGCUGGACUGAGCAAUGUGCGUACUGAUAGCAUUAAUGCAGACAAUUUAGAGAGGUUCAGGGGAUGUACUAUCAUCACGUCAGGUGCUAUUAUCAUUGGACAAGAAUUAAACUUUGACUACUCUCAAUUUGAAGUGCUCUCUACAAUUCAAGAGAUCCGUGGCCCAGUGAGAAUCCAGGGACUACCCGGGACCGUGACAUCAUUCCCCUACCUACGUAAUCUGAGGAGAAUAGAUACAACCAACUCCACCGUUAAAUUGGAGUUGGAAUGUAGAGCAGACGAAAUAGAUCCGUAUGCCUUGGACCUAACCAGCAAUGAGUUUCAAUCGAUCGACCUUAGUUCCCUCGAAGAGAUUCGUGGUGAUGGACUACGCUACGCCCUUAAUCGCGGACUCUGCUACGUGGGAGACCUGCUUAGCUAUCUAGCGGACCCCAGCAUCCAAACGCAAUGCCUUUCGAGGCAGAGAAGACCGCCUAAUGAGUGCAAUGAUGCCGGUUUGGUGUGCCAUGUUCAGUGUAACUCCACCUUCAACUGCUGGGGACCAAUGGACCACCAGUGUGACUCCUGUGCCAACUACCAGUACAAGAACAGAUGUGUGAGUGACUGCUCUGCAGUGAUCGCUACUCUCCCGGAAAAUAGCUCUGGACUGUUUCAGAAUGAAGCGAACAAUCGGUGUGAGCCAUGUGACGAGGAGUGUCUGGCCGGGUGCAGCAGAGGAACGGGACCUGAGUUUUGCAAUGCCUGUCAAAAUUUAUUCAUUCGAACCAACGAAAUAGCUGAUCAAAACAUGAUCUGUCUCUCGUCUUGUCCCGUCGGUACCCACCUCAGGAAUGGAACAUUGGAAUGUGUCCCUUGUCACAAGGGAUGUGAUCUUUUCGUUGGCUGUAUUGGUCCACUUCCAUACUUGGAUCUGGAAAAUGGGUGUCUGGACUGUGACCAUGUAAUUCUGACUCGGAAUGGGACGCAAGACAUGUGUGUGUCUAGAUUUUGUCCUGAUGGUACAUACAGCUCCACCCUGCAACCUGGCGUCCAAUCAGAACCGUCGAUUAUCGGUGACCUACAGAUCGGCUCUGAUAUCUGUCUGCCCUGUAAUGAACUGUGUGAGGUGUGUGUUAGAGAGGGGACCGAUGUGCUGUCUUGUCCACAGUGUAAAUUUGCCAGGUCUGGAGAUGAGUGUGUGAGAGAGUGCAACUCUGUCACUGAGUAUUUGCAGUCUGGUAGUCGGUUCUGUGCCUCUUGUGCCACGGUCUGCAAGGGCUGUAAUGGCCCCACGGUGGACAACUGUCUCCAAUGUGCAGACGGCUUCUUCAAGAGCUUCGAUGACGAUGGAUCAGGUUUCUCCUGUCUCUCUGAGUGUGGUCAGCGGCAGUUUGCAGUGGGUGGAGUUUGCAUGGACUGUGACCCCAGGUGUGACCAGUGUGUGGGCCCGGGGGCGACUAACUGCACUUCUUGCACAGACUCAAGAUUUAGCACCCCCCUAGAGAUGAGGGGACCUGGCGGUGAACAGCUGUUGGAAUGCUACGACUGUCAGGCAGAUCAAACGCUAAACUUUUCCAACAAGACCUGUAUUGCAGCGAGUGGAACUUCGGGUCUAGACGGACCUGCGAUUGCUGGUGUGAUUGUGGGCAUUCUAUUCGUGCUUGUCAUAGUAAUAGCGGUGGUGUUUAUUGCCGGCUUCAUUCGACGCCGAUUCUACAUGGGAUCAUCCAAGAUCACUGAUUUGGAGAGAACUGACUUUAUUAAUCCCACGUACGGAGAUGGAGCGAAUAUUUCUAUGGGGACAUUGCAGCCUCCCAGAGCUCCUCCCAACCAGGCUCGGCUGAUCGUGACCCCAGAGUCGACCCUAGAGUUUGGAGAGAUCCUCGGAGCAGGCGCCUUUGGAACUGUCUACGAGGGCUACUGGCGUCCGGAGAACGAUUCCAACAGAUACCACGUUGCUAUCAAAGUCCUCAACGAACAAACUACUAAUUCAGCAGCCAGUAAGGAACUCUUGCAAGAAGGCAUCGUCAUGGCAUCCAUGGACCACGAUAACGUAGUGCGACUAUAUGCAGUAUCCAUGGGGAAAGAGCUGAUGUUGAUCUCCCAGUUUGUUGCACUGGGCUCACUGAUCUCUUAUCUAAAGAAGCACCAAACUGAUCUCAAUGCACUAACAAUGCUCACGUUUGCAGUCCAGAUGGCCAAGGGUAUGGAGUAUCUUGAGGAGAAGAGGAUGGUGCAUCGUGAUCUUGCCGCACGUAACGUGUUAGUUCACUCCUCCCGUUGUCUGAAGAUCACUGAUUUUGGACUUACGAGGAUUAUUGAUGUUGGGGAGUCCCACUACCAGGCUCAGGGAGGGAAGGUGCCCGUUCGCUGGAUGGCACCAGAGAGCCUCCGUAAAAAAGUGUACACUCACAAGUCCGAUGUCUGGAGUUACGGGGUGACUGUGUGGGAGGUGCUAACAUUCGGGGCGCGGCCGUACGGGACAAAGGGCGUACGAGAUCUGAUAAAAGGGGUGGAGGCUGGAGAGCGAUUGGAACAGCCGGCCACUUGCACUAUUGAACUCUACGCUGUGUUGCUCGAAUGUUGGCUGAGAGAGCCUGAGGCCCGUCCUCCAUUUUCUGAAAUCGUUCAGCGUCUAGACGUCUUCUUACAAGAUCCGCUGCGCUACGUCUUCACCACACAAGAUGGCUGUGUCACAAAUUACGACAACCUGCCGUCGAACAUUCUACAAAGUGGUGAGUUCAACUACGAGAACCACACCUUCAGCAGCAACACCUUCACGCUGUCACAAGAGUUUCCGUCGAGUCCCCUCCCCCCUCACACCCAGCACACCCUCACGGCCGUACAGAGGGGGAGUGUGCCUAAUCCGUACUCCAACUUGGUCAUUGGAAUGCCUUCUCCAAAUUAUGAGACUGACCCUAACAUGCAACAAAGUUUCUCAGGGCUUGAAUCCAGCACCACUCAACACUCAUCACCAGGGACAAAGACCGCCCCCCUUUAUGCUAACGGAGCCACGCCUCACAAACCAGCCAACUACGAAGCACCUCUAUCUCCAAACCUACCCAGUACAGACAAGCGCUACGUUUCAGCCCCUAAACUAGACGAGAUGGGGGAAGACACUUUGACGAGGUCCAUGUCACGUCCAUUAGGGGAUUUCCCUGAGCAAGCGGAAUUCCCCCAGGAUAACGGGUACACACUGGCGGAGGAAGUGGAAGAGGCUACGGGUCCCCCAGGGUACGAGUAUCUCAAUGAGGAAGGGCAGAAGGUUCUUUUGAAUGGUGGUAACUAUGAGGUAUCUGACGACUACGUCAUUGUCGACCAGGGCCCUCGUCCCCGAAAACCCAGGAAUUACGAGAUGCCCGUUUCCCCGACAACCAACGGCCAAUCAGUUCACACUCCUCUACUCCCUAUGGGCCACUACGAAGUUGAUGAGAACUACAAGCAGGGACUUAUCCCAAACAGUUCCCUCCCAACUGAAGAGUACGACAAAGUAGAUGGACCACAAGACUAUACGGAAAUUGAUGAGACAGCUGCCCCGCAGGAGUACUCGGAGAUUGAUGAAUCGGCCAUGCAAAGAGAGUACUCCGAAAUCGAUGAUGACUUCAACGAAGGUGGAGGCUAUAAAGCUGUGCCAAAAGAGUUUCAGUCUCCCCCUCCAGUGAAAAUGAAGCCUAACGGUAGGCACACAAAAUCGGAGGUAUUUGAAACCAUUAAUGCUAGCGAUCUGGAUACUGGACCCUCUGCGUGGCGAGGGAGAUCUCGGACGAUAUCUACACCCCCCAGGGAGGAGUACGAGACGCCGAUAGAUGCCGUCGAGAGGAAAGUACAGACACUACGUCAUAAUCCGCCCCCUCAAUUCAUGGACUAUGAAACUCCCAUAGACGCUGCCUAGCAACUCACGUAGCUGUUACUUUUUACUGUAAUAACUGACUAUCAUGUGUGCUUCAUUAUGUUACAUUUUAUUAUGUAGAAUAAUAAUUAUGUAUUUUUACUGAUAAGUUUUGCACUAAUCAUGCGGCCACUGUUUCUUAAAUAUUGGCCAUAAAUAAUUAUAGUGAUAUCCAUGUUGCAGGUUAAUUUGUCUUCAUACAUUAAUCGAUAAUUGUGUGUACAUUACAAACUUAACGAUAAUAAUUAUGCGACACCCUCGAUCUUUUCCAA